UCAUAUCACGCAUCUAUUCAUCUUCCUGUCAAAAUGUGUGCCACAUCUUUUAUAUUUACAGUGUUUAUUGUCGCUGCAUUGAUGCUGUUAACGUUUUAUGGGAUAUAUGACAGUCUGGCGUUCUUUUUGUGCGCAUGUUCAUAGACGUUACCCCCGCGUGUCACAAAUGGUUUCGCCCGUACGUCCUGGAGCUCCUCCGAGUUGUAGGACCUUUAAACCGUCAAGAUUACAACACGGGAAACUACACAGCUUCGCUUCUCAAAGCAACUAUUUUUUUUUACCAGUCUCCAUUUCGGGAGACUUAAAUACGCUUGAAAAUGCCCCUGAACAACGAGCGUCCGUCAUACACCUCCAGCGGCGACGAGCAGGGCAGCGAUGGUGAGUCGUCGUCGGGGCGCUGCGACAGCACCGCGUCGGCCAGCGACACCGACUGCUCGCGUGAGAGCUUCACCAGCGACGGCUCCAGCAAGCACUGCUCGCCCUCUUCGAGCCCUCCUAAGACGCUCACCCUGGAUGAGGUGAUGGGCCCCGCCAGAGACCUUUCCAACCUCACCUUGUUCCAUGAGAUAGUCGUCAACCGCGACUUCCAUUUGGAGCCACACACCCUGCCCGAGGACAGUUUAUGGAAGAUGGUUCGCGACAAUGUCCACAAAGCAUUCUGGGACAUCUUAGAGUCUGAGCUGAAUGACGACCCGCCCGAGUACCAGCAGGCCAUCAAACUCCUGGAGGAGAUCCGAGAGAUUUUGCUGUCCUUCCUCAACCCCGGCGCCAACCGCAUGCGGACGCAAAUCAUGGAGGUGCUGGACAUGGACCUGAUCAGGCAGCAGGUGGACAACGACGCCGUGGACAUUGCGGGCCUCGCUUCGUACGUCAUCAGCGCCAUGGGAAAGCUGUGCGCGCCCGUCCGUGACGAAGAGAUUAAGAAGCUGAGGGAGAGCACGGGCAACAUUGUGAUGCUCUUCAGGGAGAUCUUCCGCGUCCUGGACCUGAUGAAGGCAGACUUUGUCAACCUCACCAUCGACAACCUGCGGCCAGUCAUGCAGAAGCAGAGUGUGGAGUACGAGAGGGCAACGUUCCAGAGCAUCCUGGACAAGACACCCGGUGCUUUGGACAACACCACCGCUUGGAUCAAAAUGACUUUCGAGGAGCUACUGACCACCAUGCCAAGCAAUCGGGGAAAAGGACAGCCGUGUUUACCUGGACCCUUCCAAGUCCUCAAUGCGGCCUUCCUACACAUCCUCGUGUGGGACGCCACAAAGCACCCUCUCCCAGAGACGUGGAUGACGGAUGAGGGGCGUCUGCGAGAGGUACAGGCGGAGCUGAGGCGCUGGCAGGCGGUCAACGAGGUUCUCCUCAUCGUCCACAGCACAGUCGGCGGGCCCAUCCAGGGCGUGGCGGCCCUCUCCGAGCGCCUCAAGAGGAUGACGGCCGUGCUCCUCGACCACAUGCACAACCCGAUGAUUAGCCUACAGGAGGCACUAGUGGGCGUCAGCACUCAGAUCUGCAGCGAGCUGAACAAGUCGCUAGUUGAGAGGGGCUACUCCACGCUGAGCCCCGCUCAGCAGGACACCCUCACGGGCCAGAUCUGCAGCAUCGCCCACAAGGACAACCCCAUCCGCACUCUCGUCGAGGACCGCGUGCAGCACUACUUCAUGGCGCUCAUCUGCGAUCCCAAACCUCAAGCCAGAUUGGCGCAAACGCCCGCUGGUCUCGCCGCCAUCCGCUCCGAGUUGGUCUCCCUGGCCGCUAAGUUCCUCUCCCUGGUCAACUACAACAAGGCUGUGUAUGGACCUUUCUACGCCGACAUUAUCAGGAAGUUGAUGUUCACCAACAGCCCGCCAUCGUCGUCGUCGCCGCCGCCAUCUUCCCCUCCUCAGGACACUGUCACCUCUGAAUGAACCCCUGACGUCCGUUUUGUUCUUUUGCAACCGAGCUGGGUUUGCCAGCAGUGACGUGUGAAGCCCAGUGUUUCCCAACCUUUAUAUCGCCAAGGCACAUAUUUUACAUUGGAAACGUCUCAUCAAGCAUAAAAUGUAUGGCAAUAUUGACAACGGCCUGUUUAGUUUUAAAAUGCAAAGCUAUUGUUCUGUUAAAUGAAUAGCAACAGAUUGGUAUUUCUUUUGGUAUCUAAUGGCGGAGCAUUUCAUUUUUCUGUUUGUUACUCUACGUCGCCAGCAUAGAUAGAUGAAGUACGAUGCAUUAUUUGUGGGAAAGUAAAAAGAAAUGUCUAUGAUUCUUGCAUUUAAAUGUAUGGAAGAGUUCCAGCUUUUGAAAGCAAAUUUCUAUAUUUAGAAUCCAUAUAGCGUAGCAGCACACAUGAUGAGUGUUUAAAGUUUUAUAUAUAUUAUAUGAAUCGUGCUACAAACCUUUUAGCCUCUUCAAGAAGCUAUG